ACGUGUUGUAAACAAUCAAAAAAAUUCACUUUGCAAAAAAGAAACAACAAGCAUGGAAGUAGAUCCAGUGAUUCCUGAAACGAUACAAGCCCGUUUUGUAUCAGAUGCGGGCGAUGAGGCUGGCCCUCCGUUAGAUUUGCCAACAUCCGUUAAUAUUUCACAAUUGGGCCGAAUUUGUAAUGCCAUUCUACAAAACGAAGAUCCGUUAAAUUAUUUAUUUUUCAUCAACGACAAAGAAGUUUCCCAUUCGUUGGAAAAAACAUUGGAUUUUAAAACGUUUGACCAUGAAGCCGUUAUCAAUAUUGUUUAUCAACCACAAGCCGAAUUCGUUGUGCGAUCGGUCACACGUUGUACAAGUUCAAUGCCGGGUCAUGCCGAAGCGGUUGUUUCCAUCCAAUUCAGUCCGGAUGGCAGACAAUUGGCCAGUGGUUCAGGGGAUACAACAAUUCGGUUGUGGGAUUUAACAACAGAAACACCGCUAUACACAUGCAAUGGUCAUAAACAAUGGGUUUUGUGUGUAGCAUGGUCGCCAGAUGGAAAGAAAUUGGCAAGUUCCGAUAAAAAUGGUGAGCUUCGUAUAUGGGAUCCCGAAACCGGCAAACAAAUCGGCAAACCAAUGAUUGGCCAUAAAAAGUGGAUAAACAGCCUUAGUUGGGAACCGUAUCAUUUGAGUGCAGCAUGUCGUCGAAUUGCAAGUGCUGGCUGCGAUGGUGAUGUUCGAAUCUGGGAUGUAGUUUUAUCACAAUGCAUUCGAGUAUUGACCAGCCAUACGAAUGCAGUCACAUCAGUUCGAUGGGGUGGUUUGGGUUUACUGUAUACAUCGUCAAAAGAUCGAACAAUCAAAAUGUGGCGAGCUGAGGACGGUGCACUGUGCCGUACAAUGACAGGUCACGCUCAUUGGGUCAAUAGUUUGACGUUGAACACAGACUACGUUUUACGAGCCGGACCAUUUUAUUUGGGCGUUCAUGAUGAUGAUAAAGUGAUGACAGCAAAACAAAAAAAUCGAAAAACCGCAUUGGAACGAUACAAAGAAGUUUGUCCAAAUGGUGUUGAGUCACUCGUAUCAUGUUCAGACGAUUUUACAUUGUAUCUUUGGCAUUCCGAUAAAUCGAAAUUCAUUAAUCGCAUGACUGGUCAUCAAAAUGUUGUAAACGAUGUUAAAUAUUCACCAGAUGUCAAAUUAUUUGCAUCGGCUUCAUUUGAUAAGUCGAUUCGUUUGUGGCGGGCAUCCGAUGGCAAUUUUAUUUGCACAUUCCGUGGUCACGUGCAAGCUGUCUAUUCCGUCGCCUGGUCGGCCGAUUCCCGUCUAUUGGUUAGUGGCAGCAAAGAUUCUACGCUAAAAGUUUGGAGCGUAAAAGAUAAGAAACUGAAACAAGAAUUGCCAGGACAUGCUGAUGAGGUGUUUGCAUUGGACUGGGCAUUGGACGGCAGCCGAGUUGCAUCCGGUGGAAAAGAUAAAGUCGUUAAAAUUUGGGCUUACUAAUUACUUCAAUUCAUUGUAUUUGUUUACUGAUCAUCAA